AUGGUCAAGAAGUACGCAUAAAUCUAUCUUUCCAGAAGUGACUGAGAGGUACAAAAAAUAUUUUUAGAAGGAGCAACACAAGUCCUUCAGCUCUUGCAGGAGCAGCUGUGGAAUAAUCCAGGGAUACUGGCAGAGGACUGCCAAUCUGAAUUAAGUUAAUUAAGGUGAGUUGUCAAAUCCUUCCCAGUUAGACUGGCGAUGUCAUAGUUUGAACAGAUUGUUCUCUGAGAAAGAAUGAUAUUUACUCGAAGUAAUAUAGGUGAGGAGAACAAAAGGCUGAAGUAGUCUUGCGUAUUUCUCUGCAGUGGCGGGUGGCUGUUUUUGCAGUUACUCCAAAGGGAUUUUAAGGUGGUUCGGGCACCUUUGGGCUUCCAGGUGACUGAUGUGGGACAGCACACACUGCGGGCUGGAAGCUCACCAAGAAACCCACCCAGUUUUUCCUGUGCUUAGACUAUGCUGAGUAUCCUUUCCCAACACAAUGACACUGCUCUCACCAUGGAUGACUUGCAGUGAAGACAUGUGACUUCCCCAGCACAGCUAACCCUAAAGGCAUAAGGUUGGUUAUAUUUCUGGUUUCAUUUCCACACAAGCAAAAUAAGAACAUUUCGGCAGAUUCAUUUUGCAUAGCCCUGCAAAAUGUGGCACACUGUAACAGAUUGUUUCAUUUGAACUCGCAGGAAAAUGAGAUUAAUUUUUAAUGUUUGUGCUUAAAAAUGUUUGGAGAGUGGACCCAUAGGUAGAAGAUCUCGUUGUUUAAAACUGAAGAAGCUACUUGACCUGUUGACUAUCUUACUCUGCAAAAUCCAUGAGCCAGAUGCGCUCCCAGCUAGAUGUCUAAUUCCCAUCGAUGUCAAGAACAGGAACAGUCAUUUAUGAGAGGAAAUCCUGAAUCCAGUCUUACAAACUCUGUCCACAUGAAUAAAAUAAACCGCUUCUGGAAGCUGUUUAUAUGCAUAUGAGCUAGGCCUAUGAAAAAUUCAUCAUACCUGACUGCUUUCUGAUGAGCUACAAGAAUCAAUUUCUGCUCGUGCAGCAAGAGAGCAAACAGCUGAAUACUCAGACGACUUUGAGAGUGACGAAGAUGGCAUGUUAAAUGGUAUUGGGGAAGAACUUCCUGAGAGUAAUUCAAGUGCCGAAAGCACUAAGAAAUCAGUUGCGGUUGAGUGUCCCGUCUCAGAUGAUGAUGCCUCACAAAAAGCAGCAUAUUUGGAAAACAAAGCUGCUGAUGACUUGACUUUAUCCUUUCAUGAAAAGAAGCUUCAGCAAGUAAUGCUUUUAGAAGGUGAAAACAUACAGGAUGACAGAAAAGAUAGUGAAGAAGAAUGUUUGAAAAGUCAAAAUGAGGGAGAUGACAGAAAAAAUAAUGAAGAGUGUUCAGCUGCUGAAGAAGAUAAUAGUGAAAGUGACCACUGUAAUGACUUGCCUAUUCACGAACUACAGAAAAAAAGAAAUCAAGAAGACAAACCUAUACCAAAGCCACGGGUGCACAAAACAAGAAAUGCUUUGGCAUCAGAUCAAGAUCAGAAGAUCAGCACCAGUGACUUGAGACUGGAGGACAAUAGUAGAAAAUCCCCUUCUGUGACAGAAGCAGUGAUGACCACAGCAUAUGAGAAAACGGAGAAAUUAGAGAAGUCAACAGAUGACAGUUCAGAUGAAAUGGUGAAAAUAGUGGAAGAGCAAAUAGUAACUGAUACAAUACAGAAGGUGUCAGUGAAUGAUCAAUCUGAGCAUGGGGAGGCAAAGAACACUUCAGAGGACUCUGUCAAGAAACUAAGUGAAACAAAGGAGAGAGUUCUACAAAACCCAAAAGCUUCUUUAUCUGACAGGUCUGUGUCUUCUGCAUGCUUAAAGAAAAAGGGGAAAGCUGUUCCAUCAGCUGCACCUAUUUCAUCUCAGUAUCUGGGAACAUUAAAGGUGUUGGAGGAUAAACGUGUGCAGAACAACAGUACAGAAUUUGAAAAAGCAGAUAGUUUACGAGCAGCUGUUUUCCAGAAUUGGUGGGAAAAGAAAAGGCUCUUUCUACUGGAAUCAAAAAGAACUGAAAAGAAGAAAGCUGAAGAUCUAAGGAUCAAUGCUGAAAGGAAAGAAGCUGUUAAGAGAGAGGAAGCAAUUGCGUCUUUUGAAGCCUGGAAAAAAAAGAAAGGAAGAGAAGCAAAGAAGUUAAGUGAAAAAAAGAAGGUUGAGGAACUUAAGAAAAAGAAAGCAGCAGAACAGAAUGAGCAGAGAACAGAAGCAGCACAGAAGGCAUUUGAAAAAUGGAAAGAAAGAAAAGCAGAAUAUUUAAGAGAGCAAAGCAGAAAGGAAAAACAGUCUGAAAGAAUCAGGAAGAAGAAAGAAGAGGAACUGGUUGCAGAGAAGAAGAGGGAUAGCAUGUCAGCAGUUGAAAAAUGGAAUGAAAAAAAGGAAGAAUAUAUGAAACAGAAGAAAGUAGAAAAAAUCCUAGAGAGAAGAAAGCAAGAAAUACAACAGGCAAAGAAGGAAGAAAAAGAUAAAAAGGCUAUGGAGGAAUAUGAAAGAUGGCUGGAAAAGAAAGAGAAGAGAGAGCAGCUUGAGAAGAAGCAAAAGAAGUUGCAGGCUGUCCAUGGGGAUGAAGCGCCUUUUCCCUGGAGUCCACCUGGCAAAGUCACAUAUUCAAUGAAUUACUGAGCAGUUUGUUGCCUUCUAUGAGAAGAGAUGAUACACAAAGUUCUGACAAUGGCUAGUCAUUAUUUCAGUAACAGCUGAUUUUCACUGAAUCCAUAAUAGAUGUUGCAUCUUUAUUUUUUGUUUAUUUUCUCUCUGGAGUUUAAAUAGAUCAGAUGUCCCUUUCCAUUGCUUUAGAAUCAUAGAAUCAUUUAGGUUGGAAAAGACCCUUGGGAUCAUUGAGUCCAACCAUCAUCUCCACUCUACAAAGUUCUCCCUUACACCAUAUCCCUUAACACCACAUCUAAACCACUCUUAAACACAUUCAGGGAUGGUGACUCCACCACCUCCCUGGGCAGCCUGUUCCAGUGUAACCACUCUUUCUGUGAAGAAUUUUUUCAUAAUGUCCAGCUUAAACCUAGAAAAUGUACUGAUUUUUGUAAUUCCACAUUUAACUUAGUUUUGCUAAAUCCUGCAUUACUUCAUUCCUUUUUGAUGAAAGUGUAUAUUCAGGAUACGUAAGGCUGGACUCUGGCAUUUUUUUCACCUAAUAAGUAGCACAGUGGUUAUUUUAAGUUACUGGGCCACACUGCUAGGGAGUUAAGUCUGCAAGAAAUGCUUUGUGAAAGAGGGAAUGAUGGGUGAAGAGAUGUUGGCGCUCUUUUGAUAGAAAGAAGACAAAAAGCUAAGCAGUAUGGUAGGGGGAUGUCAUUUUCAUACACGAAGAGACAAGCUACAUAGAACAUAAUAUAAUUCUUAGAUUAUAUUACAUUAUGAAACAUAAAAAUAGUUUUUAAAUUAAAGCUGCAUCAAGCAGGAACAGGAUUUCAUGGGGCCAAAACCAGUCAGCCAUGUGAUGAUACAAAAGAAUGAAACUGGAAUCCAUAUCAUGUAAAAUGAUCCAGGACUAAGGCAGACUGUAACUCUUCAUUCCAUUUCAGGUCCUCAUAUACAUUCCAUAGAUCUCCUGCAUCUUACAGGCAACAGCAAUUUUAGAGGCGUGUUUUUGCAGUUUACACAAAAUCUUAUGUAAAAACUGCAAGAGCAGAACAGUGGUGCUCUUAUGAGGCAACCUUAGAUACUGAAAAUUACUUUUUUGGAACUUAAUUUGAAGGCUUCUGUCAUUGUUUUAACAUGAUCAAGUAGAUCCUUCCCAAACACGUUUUCAUCGUUGCUAAUGAGCUAGUUGGUGUAGUAAAUUAUUAAAAUUUGUUGGUUUUUUUCAUGGCUAUUUACCUCACUAUUUCGUCAACAAUGGCAAGACUACAUAUCUUUAGAGAUCUUCACAUCUCUUGUUUGCCUACUGUCUAAACUCAAGCUGUUACUUGUGCUUGCGUUUUCUUAUUUGAAUUUCAAAAAUCACUCUAAAUCACAUUUGCUCCUCAAGCGUAUAUCUAAAAAAAAGAAAUGAAAACAUCACUACCAACCAAGAAGUAAAAAAUCUAGUCUUUAAAUUAUAGAUGUAAUUCCUCAAAUGAGAAUCUUGCUCCUGUUUAGACUGACAGCCUCCUUGGGAAGUCAAAGGAGCAUUGGAGAAGUAGACUUGCCUUUUUCACUUGAGUCCUGUGCUGUUCAUGUAAGACUGGGGCACCUCCUCGGAAAAGAAAAGCCACAAGACUGGCAACCAGAUGAAUUUCUUUAGUUUCCUGAUGUUUCUUGCUUGUGUUUUUAUUUUUUAGGAAGAGCCAUUGAGGAUUUAGAGAUGUUUGUUUUGGACAUAACUCACUUUGUUGUCAGAACGCUAUACAGGUGAAAUUUAUUGCUGGUACGUAUGUAAAAGUGAAAUCAAAAGGAUAUCUAUUCUGCCUCAUUGCUUAACAUGGUCCUGUUCGUUAUUGUUAGCAUGAACUCUAGUUCUGUGAAUUUGUAGUUCAGGCCUUUUGCAAAGUUUAUGACAGGCAGAAGUGGGUGCUAGAAAGCAAAAAGAAGAUGUAUUUGUUAGAACAGUAGGUAGGUGUGUAGUUCUCACAAUUAACAUAAUUUCUAUCAAUAAACAAGUGUAGAAGGGUUGUAAGACAUACAGUGUUUCUGUUGCAUAUGAUCUGUUGAGUGUCAAGAAGUAUUUGCUAAUCUUGAGAAUAGUGGUGAGGUUUCACUAGUAGUGUUGCAGGAUUUUUGUACAGCCAAAUCAUCUGACAGAUCAGAUUUGAUCCUUUGUGGAGUGGUUUCAGAUUUGAUACAGCUUGUUCUAGAUUAUGAAGUAUAUUUAUUGCAGGAUCAGGCUUGAGUGUAUUGCUUGAUAUUUUGCACUGCAUGUCUCGACUUCCAGUUGCCUUGCAUGAACUGUGUUCAUGGUGGCCCUGCUCUGUAUUGGGAUUUUUGAGCAGGUCUCUGCUUGUCCUGCCUCUUGCUUCUAGUUCUGCCUCAAAAUACAGCAUUAUUGGACCUGGCUUUUAUUCUUUAAUUUGUUUCCAGCCUUCUGUCACUGGGCCACUCCCCUGGAAACGUGGCUGGAACAGCUUUUGUUCCACUAAAGAGCAUAUAGAGAAGCUAGGGACCUUUAUGACACCCAUCCUUUGAUUAUACGCAGUCUGCAGGUAAUGCACACGUGAUGUCUUCCAGUGGACCUUAAUGACAGUAGUGACCUUUUUGCCCCUUCUGUGAGACUCAGUCUGUGCAAAGAGUCAUCACUCAAAUGCUGACAUUCCGUAUUGGGCAGCAUUCAUACAGGUUCAUGCUAAGCUCACUGUUGUUCAUUGGGGCGGAGGAAGACAUUGGUCAAGAAGGGGAGAGGGCAUGGCAGAGGGGCUGGAGUGCCGGCUGGAGCUUUCAGAAGCGCCCUGAGGCCUGCACUCUGCUCUUGCUGAACCGCUGGAGUCUGGUUGUGUUCCUAGGCCAUUGGUGGGUUUUCUUGUAUGCUGCCUUCACAGUGGUACCCACACUGAGCUUCCUGCACUGCAGCUUUGCAGUACAUUGCAUUACCACAGGCGUUUCCAGUUAAGGAAUCCUGCACGUUAGUUUUUUUUGGAGAGAUCCAGCAAAUCGAGAUUGUUACCUGACUUAAGCCAGGUUCUAGCACAGAUACUGCAGACAAGUGAACACAGGGCUUUCAUAAACUCUGAGUCUGGCUCUGGCUGUUACCUCAUGGCAGGUCAGGCAAUUUUUCCAGCAGUAGUGGUAUCACAAUGACAGUAUGGGCAUCCAAAGAGAAAGCAGAAUCUGCCCACAGAAACUUUCAAGAAGUUGAGAAGAGCAGCUUCAGUGGGCAGGGUAGGGUAAAAUUACAGAUACCAGCAGGAGAGAGGUAGCAGUAUUACAGCACAGGCAGAAUGCCACACACCUGGCAACUCAGCCCACCAAUAUUUUAUGGGGAAAAAUAAUGGAAUGAAUUCAAGCAUUUAGGCUGGAGCAGUGAUGUGCAUCAUCUGUCCACUAGGCUUUUAGCACUUGCAGCCUUGAAUUCAGGUUUAGCACGUCAAGAAACUGUAGCUAAAAUACCACGGGAAGAUGAACUGUGGAGCAGAUAGCAGAGUUUGCUGCACGGGGCUGUUGUGAUCAGAUCAGGAGAGAGUGAGGCAAAGCCUGCAGCCUGUGUGAAACAAAUCGUCUGGAUCUUUAGUUUUGCGGUGUCCAGCUACAACAAGCAAGGCAGGUCCCUGUGCUGGCAGGCUUAUAGUUGAGGGAUGCAAAUGACAAGGAUGGUAGAGGUAGUAGCAGAGCUGGAAAAGGGUUUGUCACAUGCCUGUGUCUAAACUGGGUACUGCAUCCUUACUCGCUUUAAGCCUUCAGAUGAGUGGAUAGAAAUUUUUUGACAGAAGAUGAAAGUGGGAAAAUGUUGGUGACAUCUUUCAGAGGAGUGAUAUACCCAACACUCAUAUAAAUUCACAACUUUUCAAUUACAAAAAGAUGCUAAAGAUCAAUAGACAUGGAAAAACAGUUGCUACAACUGUGUGUUUGACUUCUAUAAUAAAAUUUUGAGAGCUUUGCCUAAUUUUACAUUGUAAAAAGUUGGACAUGUUACAGCAUGAUGCAAUCAUUGUAGAAAAAAAUCGAGAAAUAUGAACGUAUGUACAUUCAUUUUUAAAAAUGUACAUAUAUCUGUAAAUCCUGUUAAUACAUUUAUUGAUGACAGAGGGAAAAUAUUUUGGUAU